UAUAAAGGAGGAGCAGCGUUACCUUAGUGAUGGCGCUUGUAUGCAAUGUGCGCAUGCGCGGAGCUCAGUGGGCCCGUAUCCGAAAUAGCACUAAGUAGGGUUAGGGUAAUUAGCUACAUGCUAGCACUAAGUAGGGUAUCAAUGGGUGCAUUCUUUAGACUAUAUGGUACACUGCAGGUUUAACAGACAGUCAUUUGGUAUUUUGGGGGGUAUGGAAGGAAAUCGCGUACCAAAACAACAACAACAACAAAACAAAACAAAGGGAAGUGUGUAGUGUGUAGUGUGCAGUGUGCGGUUUGGGACGCGGCCGUGUUUGUUCAGAGCAGGUGGGCGAAGAUAGAAAACAAGCCGCCGGUGAUCCCUGAGAGAGAGAGAGAGAGAGAGAGAGAGAGAGAUUAAACAUUUUAAAGCAGAGUUUUGUAACUUCUUUGCCGCUUUGUUUGUGUUGUUGUUUUGUUGUUGUUGUUUUUAAGUGCAACGCGAUGAGGAGAGUUCACCCGGACAGUUUAUUAUGAACACGCCUCGACGACUUGACUCUGUGUGUUUCUGACCUGUUUUUAUUUAUUCACUUAUUUAUUUAUUUUCUGACCCAUGGAGAGCGUCGGAAAAUUCGAGUUCAACAGGAAAGACCUGAUAGGACACGGUGCCUUCGCGGUGGUGUUUAAAGGAAGACACAAAGAGAGACACGAGUCUGAAGUUGCCGUGAAGUGCAUAAAUAAGAAGAAUUUGUCCAAGUCGCAGUCUCUCCUAGGGAAAGAGAUCAAAAUAUUAAAGGAGCUGAAACAUGAAAACAUCGUGGGUUUACUGGAUUUUCAGGAAAUCUCAGGUUGUGUCUACCUCGUCAUGGAGUACUGCAACGGUGGAGAUCUGGCGGAGUAUCUGCACUCCAAAGGCUCUCUGAGUGAGGACACCAUCCGGAGCUUCCUGCAGCAGAUAGCGGGUGCUAUGAGCGUCCUGCGGAGUAAAGGCAUCGUCCACAGGGACCUGAAGCCGCAGAACAUCCUCCUGUCCUACGCCGCAGGGCGCAGAGUCACGCCCAACAACAUCUGCAUCAAACUGGCGGACUUUGGCUUUGCGCGGUACCUGCAGGGGAACACCAUGGCCGCUACACUCUGUGGUUCUCCCAUGUACAUGGCUCCUGAGGUCAUCAUGUCACAGAAUUAUGACGCCAAAGCUGACCUGUGGAGCAUGGGCACCAUCGUCUUCCAGUGUCUGACUGGGAAAGCUCCAUUUCAGGCGAGUAGUCCUCAGGAGCUGCGGCUGUUCUACGAGAGGAACCGGAAGCUCAAUCCAAACAUCCCACGGGAAACCUCCAGUCACCUGAGGCAUCUGCUUCUCGGCCUGCUACAGAGGAAUCACAGAGACCGCAUGGAUUUCGAUGAGUUUUUUCAUCAUCCUUUUUUGGAAGCGAGCACCGUCCCGAGAAAAUCCUCUCCGGUGCCCAUGCCAUCGUACCCCAGCUCAAGAUCGGGAAGCUCCAGCAGCGGCUCCUCAACCUCCAACCUCACUCCCACACAGUCGGACACCGAAACCCGGAGGCCACACCCACUACACAAAGCCACACCUCCUUCCUGCUCCCAGCUGAAGGACUCCUCUUCCUCAGAGACCGAGGACUUCGUCAUGGUGCUAGCAGAGUUCCCCAAUGAGACGGCAGACCAGGACCAUCAGGAAGUAGGGAUACAGAGCGGGUGUUCGCUGUUGAGUCCCGGUACCUUUUCGGGACGAACGAGUCCGUCUCUACGUAUAUCCCCUAGCCCUACCAGACCUUCGGAGUGCUGUGGUAGUAGUUACAGCCAAUCCGUGCCCGUUCCCGUGCCUACACAAAUCCACAACUACCAAAGGAUAGAGCAGAACCUGCAGGGAGCAUCGAGGACUGCAAUACCCACAAGUCAUUGCUACAUGAGCGGGUUCCCCAAAGGCUCUCUUAGUCCAUCUCAUCGUAGACUGUCUACAGGGGGGUCCAGACCUCAUCAACCAUCUCCCAAAGUGGGAACGAUACCCGAGACCCCUGACCAAUCAGAGCCGCAGUGCAGCAGGACGGGACUUCAGGACGUGCACGUCCGUCCGCAGAGUCGGGUCUUCCCUCUUUUCUACGACGUCGGUGCCAUGGAACCGACUUUGACAGCUAGAAGAGGGAGCCAACAGCACAGUCCAGAUGCAGUAGUACACAGGUGGGAGCUGAGUAGACCGGCGAGCCUUCCCAGCACUCUGAGCCACACCAGGACCAUGCCCGACCUCCAGGAACCCCGCGUGACCCCCAUCAACACGACGCAGACGAGGAGAGGCUCUGUGAAAAGGUCCGGUAGCGCGGGCCGGUUGCCCGAUAUGCUGCUGAAAGCCGUGUUUGGAUCUCAGCUGGACAGGGGCAGCUGUGACGGGCUGAAUAUAGAGAGACCCAUGGACACUACAGCGCCCCCUGGUGGAAUCGUUUGUGCGGAGAAAGGCUUAGGAAGCCCCGGUCGUGUCCCCUUCACUAUAGGCACCCCUCCCGACGGACACGCUCCUCCUUCGUCCGCUACGCGCAGACACGUCUCAGUGUCGUCGUGCAGUCCUGGCAGUCCUGGCUGGACGUGCGGUCCCUCCCCCAAGUCCUACAACUCAGCGGAAAGACAACGCUGUGGUUUCACAGACGUCACGGCUUCCGAUCUGCACAGGGACGCUGCCUUCGUGCCUCCCGAGCUCCCGGCGGAGACGCUGAUGGAGCAGGAUCACACGGACAUGCUCACCCGGCUGCGCUUCACUCUGGCUUUCACGCACUGCGUGACGGACGUGGCCGCAGCAAAGGACGCCGGGCUCGAGAGGAGCGAGACGUCCGACGCCUCCUUCCUGGAGCCGAGUCAGGUGGCCGACCAGAUAAGCCAGCUGAGCCGAGAGUGGAGUUGUGCAGAGCAGUUGGUCCUGUAUAUGAAGUGCGCGGAGCUCUUGUCCACCGCCUUACACACAGCGAAGGAGGCGAUUAAACAGGGCAAACUCUAUCCAUCUGCUGCUGUUAAACAGGUGGUGCGUAAGCUGAAUGAGCUGUAUAAGGAGUGUGUGAUAUCCUCUCGCUCUCUCACGGCGAGGCUUCAGCUCUUCUUCAGCACCAAACAGAGGCUGAUGGACCGCAUGAACAACAUCACCGCUGAGAGAAUCAUCUACUCUCACACCGUCCAGAUGGUGCAGGCUGCGGCUCUGGACGAGAUGUUCCACCAGGGCGAGGCCUCUGUGCAGCGCUACCACAAAGCCUUGCUGCUGAUGGAAGGCCUGUCCUUAAUCAUUACCGAGAGAUCCGACCUCAACAACAUCAACAAGUGUAAGGAGCGUACAUGUUUUCACUCUGAAGAGUUUUGUUUUCUCAAUCCAGCGCUCGAGUUGUUCCCGUGUCAGUGCUGAGAACGAUCCGCUCGCCGUACUGUCUGUAGACACUGGGAUUAAAGAAAGACUCCUCAUCUCAUUCUCGCGUGUGUGUGUGUGUGUGUGUGUGUCUUGGCAGGUAAGCAGUGUAUCGUGCGGCGUCUCUCCUCCCUGCCACCGGGAUCGUGUGCGUGAUCACACGCCACGGAGGCUCGGUGUUUCCUCCGAGCCUCACAUUUCCUCCGAUGCCAAAUGAAUCUUCAUCCCUCAUCCACAUGGUCCGACCACGAUCUUCUAAAUAUGCUUUAGUAUACUACAGUAUUUUUAUAAUAAAUAAAAAUGUCAAAAACGUUGGGGCGGGGUGUAGCGGUGGGGGGGUAUAGCAGUUAUAAACAGUCGUCCCUCUUGUAUCCUUUUAAGUUAAUACGACUGAAGAAAGACUUUCCAGUGGCAGGAAACAGAACUCUUAUGAAGCUCUGACACUGGAGACUCCUUCCGUGAAUCACACGAACCAUAUCAAUGAUUAUAAUUGACGAUAAUCGGUUUAUUAUCGGUCUUCGUUUAUCCGGAGGUAUGUUGUUACGGAAGAGCUGCGGUUAUGGAAAAUGAAUCGACACACCUUCUGACCAAUCAGAACUGAGAGCCAAUUGAGUGGUAUAAAUGGGAUUAAAAGCCGGUUUAAGGGUCUUACAGCGUCAGAAACGUGUGCGAAUUAAUUCCUCAGUCGUCUGGCAGAACACCGAUCCGCUUCAGCAUUAGCAGUGACCUCGACUACGAUUCAUUACCCCGAAUCGACUCGUCCCGUUCCGAAUCACGAUUCUUUAUCAGAGGGACUGUGUGAUUUUUCUGUCUCUAACUCGAAUCUUUUGACGUUUUACGCCCUAAAGCAUGGCCUUCCUCGCAUGAACGGAAAACUCAAAAGGAAGCGUGUUAUUAUUAUUAUUAUUAUUAUUAUUAUUAUUAUUAUGGUUACAGUCGAAGUCUACGCAGCCGUGCUAGGCUUGAUCUGAGAAGGUCAGACGGGCCGCGUCGUGUCAGUGAUACACAGAACAGGUUCAAAUGCUAUACAAGUGACAGACCAAGCGAAAGCAUUCUCUCUGACCUUUGACUUGCCGUGUGAUCUUUUAAACUCUGAUAUUUAUUGCGAGAACCGUAUGAAUCAGCUACUGUACCUGUAUUAUUUACAACUGUCUUUACGAUGAAGCACUUUAUGAGCGAGAAUGCUACCUGAAUGCCUAAACGAGUCUACUGUAGAGGAGCUGACCUCCUUGCUCGCCUGGAUAGCUUUCACUUAAUUUAUUCUGUCGUAUGUAGUACAGCACCUUUUUAUUUUUUUCAAAAAAAUGCACACGACUCACAUGGAUCAAGUGUUCUAACUGUUGAAAAGUUAGAGAUGACAAUUUUUUUCUGAUUGUUUUUUCUUUUUUUUUUUGUAUUGCCAUUUUUUUUUGUUGUUGUUUUUUAACAUGUUAGACAACGGCCUUAUGUAUGCACACAAAAUGCACACGAGCACCUGUUGUGUGUGUGUGUGUGUGUGUGUGUGUGUGUGUGUGUGUGUGUGUGUAUAUAUAUAAAUGAUGUUUGUGGAGUUUGAAUGCUUGUCUUUUUUUCUUUAUUUUUCCAAAAGCCAAGGUUUGUAAUGUUUGUAGUUUUGUGUGAUGAUCAAAAAUAAAAGUUUGGUCCUAUUUUUA